AUGGCAUCCCAUUUUUUCACUUGUAUAGCAAUAUUAUUUUUACUCUCUAUAAAUGUUGAGAGCAAUGAAGUUUCGGAUUUGGAGCCUCUGCAGGCAGCGGAGAAAAAAACCUUGAUGGAGACUGGGUGGUGGAGUAACCACAGCAAAAAAGAUGCUGACCAUUGUAGAUGGCCUGGUGUCAGAUGCGACGCAGUUGGAAGUGUCACCGAGAUUGAUCUCAGUGGCCAUGGUCUCAACGGGAGUAUACCACCUCAGAUAGGUGCCCUUUCAAAACUCAAUUAUCUCAACCUGUCCAUGAAUGGUCUUAGAGGUGAGUUACCUCCUUCCUUUAGAAACCUCACUCAGUUAUUGGUGCUUGACAUUUCUCAUAAUGAGAUUGAUUCAAUUUCCCUAGCAAUAGAGAACAUGAAAAACCUUGUUUCUCUAAAUUUGACUAGGAACCUCAUCGCGGAUAUGCCUUCAGCUAUAGGUUUUUUGACCAAUCUCACCCACUUGAUUAUGGACUCCAAUCCAUUAUUACACGGCAUUCCCCACCAAGUGUGGAACCUGGAAAAGUUGAUGACUCUCCAACUCAGUCACUGCCUGCUCAGUGGUCCUAUCCCAUCAAAUAUUGCCAAGCUAGAGAGUUUGGUUACUCUUGAUCUAUCAAGCAACAUGCUUGUUGGUCCACUCCCUUCUUCUGUUAGCAAUUUAACCAAUCUGACAGUGUUGAACCUUCAAAGAAACCAACUCAAUGGAUCCAUUCCAAAAGAAAUUGGGAGACUAACCAAUUUGGUUACUCUAGAUCUCUCCAACAAUAUGCUUUUGGGUCCCAUCCCUUCUUCUUUGGGUCGAUUAAUAAAGUUAGUAUCUCUGAACUUCAGGUUUAACCAAAUUAAUGGUUUCAUCCCUCAGGAAAUUGGAAAUAUGAAGAAUCUCAGUUUUCUUAGGUUGGGUUCAAACAAAAUUCAAGGUCCACUCCCUCCUAGUUUGGGUAAUUUAUCCAACUUGAAACAAUUGAGGCUUUAUAGAAAUCAAAUAAAUGGUCCAAUCCCUUCAGAAAUAACAAAUCUUAAUAACUUGGUACUCUUGGAUCUCGGUGUCAAUAAUUUCAGUGGUCAAAUCCCUCCAUUUCUAGGUCUGUUACCCAGUUUGACUAGUUUGUACCUAGAUUCAAAUCUUUUUGAGGGUUUCAUCCCAUCAGAUAUUGGAAAAUUAAAGAAUCUAACUACGUUGUACCUCUCUAAUAACAAACUCACUGGUCCAAUCCCUUUAUCUCUGUGUCAUUUAACUAAUUUGAUCACUCUAUCCCUUUCUUCAAAUCUUUUGAGAGGUCCCAUACCCCUUGAAAUUGGAAUUUUGGAAGGUUUGAUUUUCUUGGAUCUCUCCCAAAACGGAUUGAGUGGACCUAUUCCAACUCAAAUUGGUAAAUGCUUAAAUUUACUAGAAUUGAAUUUAGCAAACAAUCAUUUGAGUGGAAGGGUUCCCAACUUUCCAUUUUAUUUGGAGAAACUCAAUUUGUCAUUUAACUCAUUGAUGGGUCCAAUUCCAAGUGUGUUGUUUCAUCUUCCACCAGAGUCGUUUACAGGCAAUAAGGAUUUAUGUGGUGCCAUUACAGGCUUCCCACCUUGCCCUUCAUCUUCAUCUCCAACUGUAAAAGGGAAAAGAAACAGCAAAGUGAUGCACAAUCUAAAAAUCAUUAUUGUCGUUCCAACUUUAUUUCUUGUCUCAACUUUGGCAUUGGUGAUGUUGGCCAUUUUCCGACAUAGAGCUAAAAGUUUCAAACCUGAUCCAAGUGCAACAAAAAAUGGAGAUAUAUUCUCAGUGUGGAACUAUGAUGGAAGAAUUGCGUAUGAAGACAUCAUUAAAUCAACCGAGGAUUUUGACAUCAAAUAUUGCAUUGGAACUGGAGGCUAUGGCAGUGUAUACAAAGCAUGUUUACCUAGUGGUAGAGUGGUUGCUUUGAAAAAGCUUCACCGUUUUGAAGCCGAGAAGCCAGCAUUCAGCAAGAGCUUUGGAAAUGAGGUGAAGUUGCUGACAGAAAUACGACAUAGAAAUAUUGUGAAGCUUCAUGGGUUUUGCCUACACAAGCAAUGCAUGUUUUUGAUUUAUGAAUACAUGGAAAGAGGAAGCUUGUUUUGUGUUCUAAGCAAUGAUGAUGAAGCUGUGGAGUUGGAUUGGAUUAAAAGAGUUAAUGUCAUCAAGUGUGUAGCACAUGCUCUAGCUUACUUGCAUCAUGAUUGCUCGCCACCAAUAGUUCAUCGAGACAUAUCAAGCAACAAUGUUCUCUUGGACUCAAAUUUGGAGGCUGUCGUUUCUGACUUUGGAAAUGCUAGACUCUUGGAUCCUGAUUCAUCAAAUCACAGCAUACUUGCAGGCACUUAUGGCUACAUAGCUCCAGAGUUCGCAUAUACCAUUGUUGUAAGUGAAAAAUGCGAUGUUUAUAGCUUUGGUGUACUGACAUUGGAGAUACUAAUGGGAAAGCAUCCUGGGGAGCUCUUGACAUCACUAUCAUCAGCUUCUUCCCAAAACAUGAUGCUUAGUGAUAUAUUAGAUCCUCGCCUAUCACCUCCAACAAAUAAAAGGAUCACCCUGGAUAUUAUUCUUGCUUCUAGUCUUGCUUUUGCAUGCUUAAGUCUCAACCCAAAGUCCAGGCCAACAAUGAAAAUUGUGUCUCAAGAGUUUCUUGCUCACCGAAGACCAUUAUUCUCGAAGCCCAUCCGAGAAGUCUCGUUGUCAGAACUUUUGAACUGUAAAAUGUAUAUGGAAGAUUAAAGAGAAAAUCGGUUCAAACUAUUUUUUUUCAUGCCAAUCUAGGCAAGUGUCCUAUUGUUUCAUCAGAAUUUAGAUUUCAUUUACAAUUUCUGAUCUUUUAUCUGUCCUUUGAUUCCUCCCUGAUUUUCUUGUUAAAGGUUGGUCCCAGUGGACAUGAAUUAUCAAAGUGAUUGGUGUUGUAUGCCAAAUUUAUCCACAUUUUUACUCCAACAGACGAAGAAGAAAAGUCAUUAAGAAAAAAU